AUGGCCGCCGUUUACCCCACCACGGCCGUCCUCCCCACGCGCCACUCCCCUCCUUCCUUCCUCCGGCCGCCGUCCCUGUCGUGGUCCGCCUCCAUCACCCAGCACCGCAUCCCCUUCUCACCGCGCCUCGCUCUCUCGCCGCCACCGGCGGCCAAUCGGCGGUCAUUCGUGGUCCGAGCGGCGUGGACGCGGCGGUCGCGCGGCGAGUUGGACAAGAGCCCGAACCGCAAGUCGUGGAAGCAGCGCACGGACAUGUACAUGCGCCCGUUCCUGCUCAACGUCUUCUUCUCCAAGCGCUUCGUGCACGCCAAGGUCAUGCACCGGGGCACCAGCAAGGUCAUCGCCGUCGCCACCACCAACGCCAAGGACCUCAGGACCACCCUGCCGUCCCUCAUCGACGACAACGCCUGCCGGACCAUCGGUCGCCUCAUAGCCGAGAGGUCCAUGGACGCAGACGUCUUCGCCAUGGCGUACGAGCCCAAGAAGAACGAGAGGAUCGAGGGGAAGCUCGGGAUUGUCAUCGACACCAUUAAGGAGUAUGUGAUUACAAUUAUCUACGAGUACCAACCAAGUCAUCACCCGUGCUGA